AUGGCGGUAAAGCCUACAACGUGUAAGGAAGCCAUUGCUCGAUGGGAGAAGAAAACUGGUGAAAAUGCGACUGAAGCGAAAGUGAUAGAGUUGCAGUUCCAAUGGCCACCUAUUGAGAAAAUGGAUGGUGCUCUAUCAACCCUUGUAGCUUGCGAAAAGUUAAGUCUCUCAUCCAACAUGAUCGAUAAAAUAGUCGGGAUCGCUGGAAUGAGAAGCUUAAAGAUUCUAUCCUUGGGCAGGAACUACAUUAAAUCCUUGGCGGGAAUCGAAACUGUUUCUGAAACUCUUGAAGAAUUAUGGAUAAGUUAUAACCAGAUAGAUAAGCUUAAAGGUAUCGGAGUUAUGAAGGUUUUGAGAGUGCUAUAUAUGUCCAAUAACGUGGUGAAGGAGUGGGCUGAAUUUAAUAGAUUACAGGAAUGCCCAUCUCUAAGAGACGUGAUGUUCAUCGGAAACCCGAUAUGUGACAACCAACCGGACGUGGAAACGUGGCGCACUCAGGCCUCCAAUCGUCUUCAACAAAUUACAAAACUCGAUGGAAUUCCUAUACUUAGAGAUACUGAUUAG